AAUGCCAUCGUCCCAGUGGCAAGCAAUAUCAGCCGGACAAGAGUAGAGAGUAUGAAGACGAAUUUGUCGGCUCGACGGCCCAGUGUCGAAGAUCGGCACACGCGUGCGGACAAGAUACUUGGCACUUCCAAUGAACAUCCUUCCGCUCACCAUGAGGGAUCACUGCCGCAGAGAGGCAGCGGGUCAGCUGACGCGACUCGCGGCGCGGGAGCGCGUGUAUCGUCGGGUCCAGCAGGGAUACGAUCUCCAGAAGGUCCACCCAGCCAAUUCAUGGUACCAAAAGGGCCACAUUCUCCACCAGUUGUUCACCAGCAUGCUACCCCUCAAACAUCGGCUGUCCCAAUUCAGUCGGUUCAUCCACUACCACGCUCUAUCUCGAAUCCCGUCCCGAUUGAGGCCUCCGUCACAAAAGAGAAAGCUGAUGUCGACGACAACAUCGAUGAUGAUAAGGACGGUGUUAGCGUAUCAAGUUCAUGGAGGCGCCGUUCCAGUAGGUUUGGCGAUACGCCAUUGCAAGAUAUGAUCCCCCCGAUCGUCAGCACACCCAGCACCUUCAGAAGACCAAAUUUAACACAUCUACACACGAGCGAUCCCGUUGAGACGUCUACAAUACCCAGGGCCCCUUCGCCGUUUGAAAGGCAGGAGAUCGUUCAGAGCACUCCCGCCAUGUCGGUAAGGACGAUAAAUGGGAGGAGGGAGAGUGCAUCCAUAGCCACACCGACGGCGAGAGCAAACGAUGUGGCAUCGAGGAAGGAUGAUACGAUGUCGAAGGACGAUGCUGCAUCAAAGAGGAGCGAUGUAAUAUCGAAGGCGGACGAUGUUGCUUCAAGGGUAGGUGGGGAGAGCGCAGCCACUUCUGCUUGGAAGAAAGCACCUUUGCCUCCCUCUGAAGUUGGUCGGACAUCGGUAGUUGGCUCCACGCAAUCUUGGUCUUCGACGGUUAUUGAGAGGGUCUGUCCAUUUUUCUCCCCCCAAUGGUUGGGGUAUUUCAACGGACAAUUUCUUUCUUUAGAGUCCCGGUGUUGAUGGAACGCAAACUCCUCCGGAAAACUUGGGAAGUACUCCAGCGAGCGUCACCAAAGGAAAGUACGGAAUGCACAUGACCAAAUCGAGCAAUGCACCUACUAUUGAAACUCCAGAAGUGGUCCCAGCGUCCCGGUUCUUCAACACGACUGUCCCAAGUUCGCGAGCCCCAUCAUGUGGGAAGGACGAUGCGUCAGAGGCAAAAACCGGAGAGUCGGCUUGGAAGAAAACCCCUUUGCCUUUGUCUGAAAGUGGUGUCUCCACUGCUGCCACACCGUUCGUAAGGCCAACUCACACACCACGUUCGAAUUCUUCCGAGAAG